AUGUCGUCGGUGGCAAAUAACCACAGUGGCUUUUCACAACACUCGCUCAUCAACCGGGCAUCGCAGAAUUCCUUUUCCCCCUCCCCUCCACCCUCCCAGGUGCCUUACUUCAAACGCGACACUGCCACUGUUGACUGUCACUCAGACCAGAUUCAGAUGCGCUCCCGACAUCCUUCUGACUACCCAUCAUGGUCACCCCUCUCUCAGAUGUCAUCUCCCCAAUGGAUGAAUGAAGGAGCUUGUGACACAUCGACAUCGCAUGUCGGCAGCUUACCCGCUGCACACAACCUCCUCAGCUUCUCCAAGACUUCGCCGUCUGUGUUGACCAAUCAGAAUGGUAAGACGUUCACUACAGUUGGUGGCAGUGGCAGCGGUGGUGGUGGCGGCGGCGGCGGCGGCUCGUACUCCAGUUCUCGUUUUACCAAUCCCGGUUUCUCCUCAUCAACUUCGCAUUAUGAACAAAGCUUGCCUUCUCCAAUCUCGACCCGCUCUGUUGAUCAUCCAUACACGCCGCUGAAGCGUGAAGUUGGUGAAGCACCUGUACCAAUCGCGUUUUCGCAAAGCGUAUCUAAUGGGAGCCUCUCCAACCCGUCUUGCAUCUCACGGUGGGACAAGGGAGUCAAUGACGUGCGAUCUGUUUAUUCCGCUAAUACACCAGCCAGUGGAAACAUGACGAUGGAUUUUGUUGAAGGCCGUUGUCCCCCUGGCGCUUGUGAUCCAACCACCACAAGUUACCCGAUGAAUCAAGGCUCUAAAGUUUUCCGAAGUUCGACCUCAAGCGCUUGUACUUAUACCAACGGUGACGGGCAGUACGCUAAUACCGCCGGUUCCUUCCUUGCACAUUCUGCUGAUGUCAGCGGCGAAGUGCUGAAGCCCGGCCAAAUGGGUAUCAACAACGGUUUCAACACAAGAGGCACCAAGUACCCUACUACUCGUUAUUCUAUCGGACCCGAUUCCACUACCGGAUCGGCAGCUGCCAGCAUUGUCUCAUCGGACGGGGAAACAACAACCUCCUCCUCGGCGAACCGUGGUACAAAGAAAACACGCAAACCGGCGCCGACUUUGGCUACCGGACGAAGGAAUCUCAAGUCAGAGCCGGUACGUUUAUUCACUCUCCUGUCCUUUGCCUGUGCCUCCACAACCGCGGCCUUCUGGGAGCGAGCCGGUCUUCAACUUUUGAGGGAGAGGCUUUACCUACUUGCUCAUACAGCGUUCAUAGAAAGGGAAGAGUGGGCAAAGCGGAGAAUCCUAUCGGUUUUUUGACGCCUAUAAUACUAGAACGGCCGUCCAUAUUCAGAGCUUUGUGUGUGUGCUCUGCGCCGCCUACGUUGUGCCACGUAGACUGCUCGCAGCCGAGGAUUGUUUUGUCAAUGUCGAAUGCGGGAAUGUCACGCGACCUGCUAGAUCACCGAUAGUUCCGGUUGCCGGAGUGUCGUGUAUCCCCUUGUCGUCCUGGGUGGCACUGUUCAGAGGAUGUGCCAGACGUUUAGGAUAGAUAGGCGAUAGAUGUUGCCACUUGAAACAUCAAACGACUCUGAUCAUCUGCUAGUCGCCUCAUAUUCGAAUCCGUAGUUGCAUUUUUAAACUAGGAAUUUUAUCAAACGGGACCGGGAGAGUUGAAUUAUCUGUUGCUGGGGUAUUUAUGACUCUCUCAACUCUUGACCAUAAACCUAGUCAGGCAAGUCUAGUCGUGACUAAUCACCAAUCCGCUCCCCUUCACGCGCGACUGACUACCGUAUCUGCUUAAAUUUUUUUCCACCGGCAGUGAAUUUUGGCCUUGGCCAUUUUGGUGAAGAACAACCAAAAUGUUUAUGACUUUGUGCCAGGUCACUGUUAAUACUGGCGAUGGGGCGAUCAUGCGAACAGAAGACUGGAGAUCAGAGCUCUUGUGAUAAGGAAGACACUUCCUACAGCCCUACUAUCUUAGCAUCAUCCGAAGAUGUGGACUCUUUGGACACACAAACCCCUGGGGUCCAUGUUGCUUUUGUGUAUAUUUUCUGCCGAACGCUAAGGUGAGGGACACACGUAGGGCUUAAAAUCAGAAAUAUCCUAUCAUCUACCGGCGUCUGUUAAAACUAAGUUUAUGGUGGACGCAGCAGUGUAUCGUCUACCGAGUACAUUGGAUGGACUUAGGGUGAUUCCGCCCAGUCUGUGUCAGUGCAAUCCACCAAACCCCGCCCACAUAACUUAUCGGGGCGAGCAAGAAGUUGUUGUUCGAGAGCUACCUGCCAAUGGAAAUUAACGCAUGGGCCGUAUCCUCUUUGCGAUGGCUGCUUCCUGGGUAUAACGAGUUCUCGACCUUGUCCAACUAGGUCGAGGUAUCAGCCUACGUACGGCCCGAGCCGUGACGCACUCGGGAGCUGCCAACUGCGAUAGGCAUGUGCCGGCCUAGCAACUACAUCCGAUAAAUACUGCGACACCUGGGCAGUUUAGUACCCUUAUCUGACUCUGUCUCUGAUGAUGGAUUCGAGUGAGAAUCCUAAACGUCAGGCUAAUAAAGUUCCUGUAGUAGAGGGGGCGCUCACCGAUCGUUCUUACGGAACUCACUCGUUCCGUUGUGCUUUACAGGCUCUCUCUCGAGCCCAACCAGCGGCCGCACAGCGGCGCAUGAUAUAGGCGGAAUGGUAUUUACCGACAAAGACAAGGGAGACUGAAAUGGCCAUUUCUGGCUUAUUAGCCGUCGUCAGCCAGUUAUGCUCAACCCCGAAGUGUGGAACACCCGAGGCUCGAACUCGCGACCUGUUAGUUCGAAGUCCACGCCACUAACCACUGGGCCACGGACCCGUUGUCUUGUCGGUUUUCGAUCGGGAAUAUACAAUGGUAGAGGGGCGCUCACUGAUCGUUCUUACGGAAGUCACUCGUUCCGUUGUGCCUCACGGGGUCUCUCUCGAGCCCAACUAACAGGUCGCGAGUUCGAGCCUCAGGUAUUCCACACUUCGGGGUUGGGCAUGACUGGCUGGCGACGACCAGUAAGCCAGAAACGGCCAUUUCAGUCUCCAGUGUCUUUCUCGGUAAUGUCAUUCCGCCCUACUACCCUUCCUCCAACAGGAUGGCUCUCCGGUCAAAUAUGCUGUUCCAUGUGAGAUAUGAGCAGGCAGUAGUCGGAUUGGCACAUGGCAGCCACACUGAUUUUGGUAUCAUCACACGCUGACGGUGGCGUCUCCUCACAAACACGUAGCCCAGCAAUGAUUAAUGCAGUAAAUAUGCGUACACCAUAUUGUUUCCCUGCUGUUAGGCACGGGAGCUGUCACGAUCCUGAUGCACAAAUUAUGUUCCGCGUGGACAUUUGGGGAAAGUCUGUUGUAAUUACUUUCUUUGCCACCGUUGGUGUUUUGCUGUUAUUGCAGGCUUCAACACCACGAAUACCAAUCAGCCCCUUUCCGGGUGACAAAAUCUGCGCCCAAAAAUAGCGCCUUUGUCCGGUCUCAGAAGGGACUCAAUAGGGGGGUGAAAGUCCUCUUUCAAUCUGUUGUUUACGUCGACAUUGUCAGCCAUCAUUGAAUCGUGGGCACCGGUGAUGAUGGUAUAACGUUUUCUUGAGAGUAUCGGUGUACCUAGAGUGAUGACUUGGUCAUUGGUGCAAUGAGCAAGGGAAGUAAAUGUGCUCAGCUUGCAUUCCUGGCAGAAAAUUAGACUCCAUAGGAAGACAAAUCGCAUUCCUGGACAACUGAUUCACUGUUCUUUUGAAAAACUGAUGGCGCUGAUGCCGGUAAUGUCAACUUUGUACCUGACGAGUUUAUGGACGGGUCUGGCCAUCCUUUCCAGUAGGUUAACCCAGUGUGUUGUCUACCAGUGAAAAUUCAUUCCAAGUUAAGUCGUUGAAAAAGACGAGCACGGGCGCCCAUAUUGUGUUUUAACUCAGUGGACACGGUCAGCUGACUAAAGACGGUAAGCAAACUACCAUUGAAACAACCUUUGUAUUUUCUUUCUUCGCGACGGAGUGUGUGAUGUUUCCUUAAAUACGCCUUCUUAGUUAGCCAGAAGGCUACCGAAUUUCAUAGUUUCACACUGGUGUUUGCACUUAAAAAGUGACCGGAUUGGCUUCGGUCACCCGUGCAAGAUGCAGUAAUUCACCCAUCCCAGGGUUUAACAUAAGUUGUGUUGUAUACGUAAUAACUAUGAAAUCGACCUGACCACUGGCGAGGAGACUUCAACAUCUUCAGCUACUCUUUCCAACCCCACCAGGAUACAUCAGCAAAGCUGAAUCAAUAUGAUUGGGUCUGGGAAAAGGUGCAGUAACCGACUAGGCGUUCCUGGUCAUCCCCCCCCUGCAGCACAUCCUAAUCCUUCAACUGACAAGAAACCGCGCAUCGCUCCGAUACCUGCCCGCUGCAAAACGCAGACCCCAGUUGGGAUGCAACGCAAGAUCAUGCCAAAGUGGUUCUUCAUUAUCGUCGAUUAACCUCAUCCGCAUUGCCUGCGUGUUAUGUGGACGCCAAUAUUGUUAGAUACAGUGAAUGCAGAGGUAUCCGACCGGGACAGUCUGAGCCCGAAGUGGGCGUUUAUUAUUUGGGAAUUUUGGCAAUUGCCGGCGAGAUACGUCUCCAUCCUGACUACCCUUGCUGCGAUGAGCUCGCCCUCUCUCGCUCUCAUACGCGCACACAAGAGCAACUGCAAUGGUACUUGCACAUGCGUCAAUUCGUGUCUGGUCGUGAGAAUGCGGAACUGGAUAUAGCCGGCGGCAGUGACCAUCAAUCUUCCAGUACGUGCGGGCGCGCACACUCGUCGGUUGCGUGUAUAGGCAGAAUUGGCGAGUUUCGCGGCAAACGAUGGCGCCUAAGCGUGAGCUCUCUUUGCAUGAGAAUACAAGUGUGAUAUGAGGGUGUUUGUGGUAGCAGCGGUGCGAGUAGUAACACUUCUUUCUAAAUUAAAAUCUGACCCACACAGUCAGGCGCGCGCGCCUGAGUUCAAAGCGCUCUCAAUGUGGCGCGUCCGAGUGUGUGUGCAGUGCCCUGAUGACUGCUCAAGCCGUGUUGCCGCCAAAAGCGGGAGCACGCCUCUGCUGCUGCGGACUGCCUGCUCGCGUGCGUCACGUUUUUUGUUUUCCAAACAGACGUUUCUCAUGCCGGACCCCGGACGCUGGAUGGUAUGUCACAGCCCGUUCUGCGUGCACUAUCCCCCUUCCCGUCAUAGCAUGCAUCAUUUUCUCCUUCGUACGCAAGUGCGUCCGUACAGAGUGCUUCGGUUAUGCGAGGGAGGUGGCUGAGAUACGUGCUCUGCUCAGAAAACGCGAUUAUUUAUUUACUACCAAUGCUUGAGGAGAUUGGAGUUGACGGGUAUGGUACGCUCGUGGGGGUGAAGGAGGUGGGAAAAUGAGUCUAUUCAAAUUUGAACGUACCGCGAGAUCAGUGGCACCCAACUCCUGUUAUGCGUUUCGUGCGGAACCCGGCCGACUCACCCCUCUCCUGGCGCAUAUUUAUUGUUUGCAAACUAUCUACCCCGGAUUGGCUGACAGAACGAUCUGGGGCCAUGCUCAGGAAUGCCCGCCUCUCCAGGUGUUUUUUUUCGUAAAUCGGUCAAUCUUUUGACAGGUUACUGAUUUUUUCUACUACCAUGAUCCUCCAGCAGGCUACCUGACCUCAAAUCAGGUUAGAUUCCCAUGUGAUUUUCAAUCUUAGCAACAAACAACAGACGCCAAAAACCAUAAUGCUCAAUACUUCCCGUGAAAUCCGGAUUGCGCUAUCUGAAGGCUACGAAGGCUCUAAGAGAGAUAGCGGUCUGAUCCAGACACGCGGAGGUAUUGGCCUCGAUCGUUUCGAUGCCGACCGUCGCCCACCUUGCCAGAGCGGUGAUGAGUCAGAGACGCACACGCCCUUUCCAACUCUUUGGCCCAUAAUUUUUGCAAUAGCUGCUUAGAGCCUAACAUCCUUGCCUGUAGCCAGAAUAGGGCAGGGGGACAAAUUAUUCUCCUUCCAGACUGUCCUGCAGUCAACUUCUUUGCUAUAAACUUCCACUCUCCUUCUUUGCCACAGGUUGACGCGGAUGAAGCAGAUCGUAGACUGAAACGGCGAGAGCGUAAUCGAAAGUCGGCUCAAAAGUGCCGUGAACGGAAACUGCAUCGUACACAGGAACUUCAGGCCCAGGUCGACGGUCUUAACGCCGAGGCCAAUCGCCUGCUGCGUGAAGUUGAGAGUUGGCGGGAUCAGGCAAGGCGUUGUGUUCAACUGCUUCAACAGCACUGCCCCGGUGUGGCCAUUCCCUACCUGACCUGCCUCGUAGAUCCGCCCGACGUCUUCCUGCCUCUUGCAGAAACUGCCUCAACAACGACAGUUGCACCGAAUCUGCCGCCGCCACCGCCGCCGCCUCCGUCAGCACCAGCGCCACCAUCAUUUUGUGACAUGUCCGAAACAGAGGUCUGCUUCUACAAAUCGCGGAUGCAGUACGAUGCAUCGACCGGUACCGAGGCAGUCGGCAGUCCCUGGCACCCAAGUGGCGCUUCUGGUCCCACCACGGAAUCCGGGCUUCCACCCAUGUCCCAUUUGGUUCACAGUAGCCAGCCACCGCCUCGGCGUCAGCCAUCACCCGCCAUUAGUGUCAGCACCAGCAGCAUGCGCUCCUUCAUAUCUGCCGCCGCCCCCGGCCUAGAAGUGAGUUACAGCCAGUCCGUCCCCGGUGCCGCCACUGGUGAUCCCAUUGACCCCUCACCCGCCGCCCCACAUCGGCCCUGUUCGCUCUCCGCACCAACCACUGGCAGCUACUGGGCCACAAGGCCCUCUCCUGAUGAGGUAGUCCCAACCUCUGUUAGUACGGCGGAUCGUGACCCCGCGGCGGCCUGGCACGUGGAGGCGAAACAUGCGCUCAGCUCCUCCAUCUAG